GUGGGUGAGAAGCUGCUGAAGGAUGUUGUCCCCGAGGGGGCUCCGCAGGAGAUCAUUUCCGUGAACACCAAGAAGGAUGCGUUGGGUCACCGCAUCGACAUUAUCGAGUACGCAUACCAGUGGAAGUUUGACGAUGCCAUGGCCAGGCAGCUCCGAAGGAAAAAGUUCCAGCUUCACUGCAAGGCUGCAGUGGUCGUGGCCAGAAAAAAGCAGUUCGUGCUGACCAUUGCAGCGGAGGAGAACAGGUGGCCGAUCCGCGGUGACGACUACAAGAUUGCGAUCGACACUUUCAAGUUGACCUACUGA